AUGGCUCUAGCAAGCAAAACAUUAUGGUUAUGCGGAGGCUUGAUGGUUUUGUGCACUUUUGUGAUUCAAAUACAAACAGUCAAGAGAAUUAAAUGUGGAAUGGGGGGAAGCUUGAUGAUUUCCACCAAAGCUCAAUUGUAUCUACCUGUUCGGUGUCGUCAUCCAUCGACUGAAUGGGUUACAUUUGGAAAGAAUAUCGCUUCACUGUCAUAA